AUGGAGCCGGGGGUGCUGGCCUCGCACAACCUCCCGCACCACGAGCCAAUCAGUUUCGGCAUCGAUCAGAUCCUGAGCUGCCCGGAACCCCCCGGGAGCGGCCUAGGCCCGGGUCGCAUGGGCCAGGGCCAUGGAGAGAGUGCGGCGUUCUCGGGUGGAUUUCACGGAGCCUCAAGCUACGGCCCCGCGGCCUCGCUGGCCGCGGUCCCAGGCAGCUCUGGUGUUGGCCCGGGCGGCGUGAUCCGCGUCCCGGCGCAUCGUCCUUUGCCAGUGCAGCCGCCCGCGGGAGGCGCACCUGCAGUUCCUGGGCCCUCGGGCUUGGGCGGCGCCGGGGGCCUGGCGGGACUCACCUUCCCCUGGAUGGACAGCGGCCGCCGCUAUGCCAAGGACCGGCUCACGGCGGCGCUCUCGCCCUUCUCCGGGACGCGCCGUAUAGGUCAUCCCUACCAAAAUCGGACCCCCCCAAAGCGGAAGAAGCCGCGCACAUCCUUCUCCCGCUCGCAGGUGCUGGAGCUGGAGCGGCGCUUCCUGCGCCAGAAGUACCUGGCCUCGGCCGAGAGGGCGGCGCUGGCCAAGGCCCUGCGCAUGACCGACGCGCAGGUCAAGACGUGGUUCCAGAACCGGCGCACCAAGUGGCGGCGCCAGACGGCCGAGGAGCGCGAGGCGGAGCGGCACCGCGCGGGCCGACUGCUUCUGCACCUGCAGCAGGACGCGCUGCCUCGGCCGCUGCGGCCGCCGCUGCCUCCGGACCCGCUCUGCCUGCACAAUUCGUCGCUCUUCGCGCUGCAGAACCUGCAGCCCUGGGCCGAGGACAACAAGGUGGCUUCCGUGUCCGGGCUUGCUUCAGUGGUGUGA